GCGAAACUCUAAGAACUUCGAGCGAUUGCCUUUUGCCUGUACCCUCGAUCUACAAGAACCCUUCCUAUCAGAGCUCUACACCGUGUAGCUUUACGAAUCUUCGAUCUUCGCCCCAAGCAAAACCAGAGACAAUUAAAAUUGCAUUAGAGCACCAUGCGGGCUUUCACUAUCCUCCUGGGCUUGAUUGCACUGGCAACCACCGCUUCAGCGUUCUACCCUUGGUACCCGGACUAUCGCUGCGCAGAAACCCAUAAUUGUGUUGAGGCUAAGGAUUCUGACGAAGGCCAAAUUGUGGGACGUGGUAAUGGAUUGACUUUGAAGAUUGCUCAGAGACUUCCAGAGACCGAUGAAGCUUCCGUCAACCGAAUUCGACAUCUAGGAGAGCAAUUGAAGAGAAAGUAUAACCGUGGUAGUCCAGUCAAGAACGAAAAUGCCCCAGUCCGCAUUGCGAAGAGAACCAACACAUAUUCAAUCAUGCCAGCUGCUACUCCAACUCAAGCAAGCAGCGCUGGUAUCGACCAAGAUGGUACCGACUACUCGUACUUCGCACAAGUACAAUUGGGUUCGACCAACACACCAGUCUACUUGCUUCUGGACACGGGUGCGGAUUCAAGCUGGGUGAUGGGUUCAACUUGCAACUCAGGUCCAUGCACCAUCCAUGAUCUCUACAAUCCGACAACCUCUAGCACGUACAAGGCUCUUGGUGAAUCCUUUGCCGUUCAGUAUGGAUCCGGCUCUGUAAGUGGUACAACAGGAACAGACGAUCUUACGUUAGCUGGACUGAAGCUCCCCAUUACUCUCGGUGUUGUCAAUAUGACUUCAAAUGACUUCAAUAACUUCCCAAUGGACGGCAUCCUAGGUUUGUCAUUGGGCAAGUCUGACAAUCCAAGCUAUAUAGACAGUCUUAUCGCCUCCAAAGCCCUCAAGUCAAACAUCUUCGGAAUGAGCUUGAAUAGAGCAUCGGAUGGUCCCAAUACGGGAGAGAUCAACUUUGGGGCAGUUGAUACCACAAGAUUUACCGGAGAUUUGAGCUACACAGCUGUGUCUUCCAUUGGUGGAGGAUUCUGGUCGAUCCCAAUGGCAAACGCAGGAUUUGGAACCACAGAAGCUGGCAUUACUACCAAGUUGGCCUAUAUCGAUACUGGAACUUCGUUCAUCUUUUGCAGCCCAGACGAUGCUGCGAUAUUCCAUGCAGUCAUCCCUGGCGCCACGACCACUGACAAUGUUACUUGGCAUGUACCUUGCACGACUACUACCAGUGUCACAUUUACGUUUGGAUCGACUGCGUUCCCUGUUUCUUCAAAGGAUUGGGUUUCUCCACCGUCCAGUGGAGUGUGUACCAGCAAUAUAUACGGUCAUGAUAUUGUAAGCGGAAAUUGGCUGCUGGGAGAUACUUUCUUGAAGAAUGUGUAUGCGGUGUUUGAUGCGGACCAGAGCAGAGUUGGCUUCGCCCAGAAGACAGCAGCUGCUACUGCCAGUACCACCACAUCGGCGGCGACAAUCGCUUCCACUGGUAUGCCAAGCUCAACUGCUGGAACUCUAAGCACUACGGAUUCUAACGGGCCUCUUCCAGGAACUGUGGCCACUGGCACCUCCGCUACCUUUACUGGCUCGACACUGGUCUCAGCUACUUCCGGUGGCACGACUCCAACUUCGAGCGCAGCUUCUCCAGGUCUUAACGGCCAGGAAACCUCCAAUUCGGGCACUGCUGUGGCUCAAACCACUGCUGCCGCUUCACCGACUGCGACAAAGAAUUCUGGUCUGAGAGUUCGUUCCAGUCUAUAUGCCGCUUGUCUCGGUCUUCUCCUUGCCCUGAUUACCUGAAUGCCACUAGGCGUUUCCCCGAAUCCUU